AUGGAGCAGGACUUUGGUGAUCCUCGCAUUCAAUGUGCCGAUAAGGAGACAUACCACCCAAACAAGAAAGAACAGUAUCUCUUCAGUGUUAAUGGAUCCAUCAUGGAUCUAGGGCAAACAUACAUGGAGUAUUCUCAUGCCGAAUUAGCUACCGACGUGGGGUCUGAGUUGAUCGGCAACUCUAUUGAACUUGAGGUUCCUGCAUGA